AUAGCACAGCCACGGCCACAGUUCAAAUCUCAGCAUUUCCCAACAGAACCCAAGUUUCACAUUUCCAAGCACGUCAGUGUGGAAGGGAACUAAUCUGUGAUUCACGGAGUUCAUGAAGCCACAAGCAUCCAAGAGGGAAGGAAGCUCAGUGGUCAUAUGUCUGCAUGUCUGGAGGAACCCUGCAUCUGCUUCCCUGUAACUCACCAGAGCCCAUACUUGCAGGUCUCCCAGCCCGAACACCUGAAGCUGAGAUGAGCCAACGGGAAGGAAGCACGUUCUCUAUCGAGUGCCCUUAUGCAACACAGCCUGACAACAAGCAGCUGAAAGCCUGGUGCCGUGUAAGAAAUGCACGAUGCGAACUUGUAGCGUGGACACUUGCCUCAAUGCAGUACAUAUAUUCAGACAGGGCCAGGCAGGGCCAUAUUACAAUACAGGAUGACAACAGAACCGUGUCCAUCACCAUGUCUCACCUCCAGGCAGAAGAUUCAGGCAUAUAUUCCUGUGUGUACAGCAGCAACUACGUUCCACUAAAGACCAUCUCGCUGAAUGUUUACAAGGAGUUACACAAGUGGGAGCUGGACAGUCUCUCCGUGCAGUGCCCAUACGGGGCCCUGGGCUACAGCUCGGGAAGAAAAGCCUGGUGCCGACAACAAGGUCAGGCUGAGUGCUCACUAGUAGUGAGCACAGGUUCCUCUUACACGUGGGGCAGCAGAAGAGUCUGGAACAAAAGCAGCUCAAUCCAGGAUGAUGCCCAGACUGAGACUGUCACCAUCACCAUGGACAGGCUGCAGGCACAGGACUCUGGUGUGUACUGGUGUGCACUCUACAACCCCUCUCAACGCCCUGCAUUCACCCGGAUAAUGGAGGUCAGGCUCUCUGUGGACAAGAUACCAGCUGCAACAACUCUGUCAGUUACUACAGGCUCAAGUCAGAAAAAUUCUUCUGGCAACAGCACACAACCAUGGAACACCAUCGUAAUCUCUGUGGUUCUGUGCAUCCUGCUCAUCCUGGCACUGGCCAUCACAACAACACUGGGCAUCAGGCAGCGCAAGAAGCUGAAGACAGGAGGUAUUGGUGAUUUUUAUUCUGUGAUUCCAGGUAACAGACAACCAGAGGACACCUAUGACAAACCAGAGAGCGCAGCGCAGCUUGAGAGCACUGAAAGAAUGGGAAGAACCACAGAUGACAGCAGAGAUCUAAAUUACAUUACCCUGGACUUUAAACCCCAGCUCAGCUCUGAUGAACCUCUCUACUGUAAUGUUGAACUGAGUCAGACUCCCAGGAAACCCAUAGAUGAAAAUGUGGAAUAUGCUAUCAUUACACACAAGCAGUUACCUAAGAAUGAUAAAGGAUGAAGCACAGAAUCCUAAAGCAAUCCAGAAAUGGGAGAACUGCAAUAUAAAGCGGGAAUGGAGAAUAGUACAUGAACACUGGGGAAAGAAUUAAGGUUUUGCUGCCACAUGUACAUUGCCUAUGCAUUUUAAGAUCUCUUUCCUUCUAGAAAUUUGUCACAAGUGUGCAGAUCCUCUUAGGUCAGAGAGGUGCUUGGUAACUCUCAGGAUCGACUGCACAUUUGCUUUUUUUGAUUCUAUUAAAAUGCAGCCUCUCUGGGAGAGGCAGGUAUGGAGGACUCUCACCUUGCUGCCACUGGGUUUGUUUGUGGUGGGUGGCGGAUAUGAGCACUGGGUUCUAGGAAUAAGCAGAACCAGCAUCAGCCUGAAGGCAGGUAGCCUGAGUGUACUGCAACAAGCUGAAACAGUGCUCUGCGAGUUGUGCAAGCUGAGGGUUUUGCUAUAAGAAUCUGAGCAUCAGAAGGUCUUCUAAGAACAAAACAGUGGUGCACAUCCACAAUGCAUACAGUUUUUGAUACUUUAUGCAAAUCCCUACGUUUAUCAGCCUGCCUCGGUAAGAAAUAAGAUGGAAAGAGGUUUCCAACUAAGCUAAAUACUCACCCAUCAAUCAAGAAAAAGGGCAUGUGUGCUGGAUUUGGGUGUAGGACGGAAAGAAGGUGAGGUCACUACUGAGUGCAAGCACAGAUGUACCUUAAUGGAGCACAGAGUGCCCCAUCCUUUAAGACCUCCUAAUCAGAGACUUUCAUUCUGUUCAAAAGCUUCUGGCUGGCUUGCUCUUACACCUGUUCUUCAAGAAGACAAACUGGCUGCUUGAACCAAAGCAGCAUGGAACAGAGACAAACCGAGACAACAAAAAACGAGUGUUUCUGGAGAAAGGAAGGAAGGGAGCAUGUGGCACCACACCCAAGGAAUGGAUAGGGCACUGGGUGUUUUUGAACAGAAUUUGCCAUCUGCCAACUGCACAAGUGAGCCCUGAGCCAGACAUGAGGAAAGUCCAUACAGACAGCAGCACAGAGCAAAAAACUGACAGAAGAAAUUGACAGCAAGAAAUUGGCAAUCCUGCCCACGGUCGGGGGGUGGAAUUAGAUGAUCCUUCAGGUCCCCUCCAACCCAAGUUGUUUUAUGAUUCUAUGAUAAGCUUAGCAAAGUUUCAGGAAGUAUUGCAAAGGCAACAGAAGAAGAAGUAUGAGCACAAGUAGGCUGUUUUCAACAUCAGGUGAUACAAGAGAAAGGAAAUGCUGGUAAUUCAAGAGCAGAUUACUUACAGAUAUAAAU